UUUUUUUUUUUUCCUUUUCUUUCAUACAUAUUAAAUGGACGAUUCAUUAUUAAUAAAGGCCAUCAUCACUACCUCCAUUCUUCUUAUUACAACGGUUAUUGGGAUUUUGCUUUAUACCAAAAAGCAAACCAAAAAUACCAUUUUAUUAUUAGGUACAAGUAAUGCAGGCAAGACAGCAAUGUACAUUUGGUUAAAAAGUGGAAAGAAACAUCCUACUGUGUCUUCUAUAAAAGAAAAUGAAGGUCAAAUUACUGUUAACAAAAAGACAUUUGAACUUAUUGAUAUACCUGGACACGAACGUGUUCGUUACCGAUAUACUGAUUUCUUACCUGUAACAAGAUCAAUUAUUUUUGUCAUUGAUAGUACCUCUAUCAGUCGACAGAUCAGGCCUGUGGCAGAAUAUUUAUAUGACAUAUUAGCAAAGCCUAUAGUACAAAAGCAGCGAAUACCUAUCUUGAUCGCUUGCAACAAGUCAGAUAUGAUUACUGCCUUACCUAUUGAAAAGAUCAAGACGUUGCUUGAACUUGAAAUUAAUCGUUUACGUAAUACGCGUACUGCACGAGUUGAACAGCAAGAAGAGGAUGAUGAACAAGAGGAGUUUUUAGGUUAUGAGGGUGAGGAUUUUAAACUAAAUCAUGUUGAUAAUAGAAUCGAUUUUGAAUCAUGUUCAGUUGAGAAUCAAGAUUUGGCUAAUAUCAAAGAUUGGAUUUUUCAAUAACAUUAUUAUUGUCCAUUUGUAUAAUUAAAAUAAACAUGUUAUAUUAAAUAUAGAUUCAUUGAUCUACUCUUUGGAGUUAGAAUCUUUUACAUUCAGAUUUAAAAUGAAACAUAUUUGUUCAUG